UUAUUAAUAAAUAAAUCAGCUUGAUUAAACAGCUUUAAAGUAGCGGACUUUAACAAACAUACGGUCGAUCUAAACUCUUCUCAGUUUCUCUUUCUCAGUCUUUUUUAUUCAGUUCCAUCCUGAGCUUUAACCUUCUACGAUGAAGAUUGAAAUGGAAAAAGUAAACUUCAAGUGAUUGAAAGAAAAGUUGGAUCAGAUUCUGGUGUAGUGCAACCUAACAUUCAAUCAUCUUUUAGUUUGGUGUUGACAUGAAUCAAUAGUAAAAAAAGGAUUUAAAGUGAUUCUACACUAAUUUAAAUACCAUGUAUGUCAUGUUUAACUGUUGAAUAUGGCUGAGGCAGUCAUAUCGGAUAUUUUUAUGUGAAAAUAAGUCAACAUAAGUGACACAACUUUGGUGUCUUUUUUCAUCGUCUUCAUCUCAAGAUUCUAAUUAUCAGUGCUUCAGCAAUGUAAUUUUAUGCGAUGGACGAUACAGAUGAAACAUGUUCUAACUCUGGUUCACUCGGAUACAAUUCAUUAUCGUCUCAAAGCGAACCAUUAACCUCAUUGAUCAGUGAUGCAGGAAUUUAUUCAGUUUGUGGCCUUACAGCUCUCGCUUUUUGCGAAUUGUUUCCCGAUGAAUGGGACCAACAAUUUCGUGAAGAUACUCUGGAAUCGCUGAUUAAACAUAUUGGUCUACCAAUGCAAAUUAAAAACUCGAUGAAUGCCCUUAUGUCUGGUGAAGGAGGAGAUAUCAAUGCAUUUGCCAAUUUGCUGAGAGAGGAAAAAAUUUUACAAAAAUCUUGCCUAAAAGUCAUUGAAGAGUUGGUCCUUUUUUCAGUCAGAGAAGGAGUUUACGAUGCUCGUAUGCGAGUAUUAGUACUUUAUAUUGCUAAUAUCCUUGGCGUCCCUGUUCAAUUGGUUGAACUUUUUGAAGAAUCAUUGAUUGAAAUGUUGACCAACGAUGUUCCACCAGAAAGUGAAGAAGAUGCUAAAGAGAAAGUAAAAAGACGUCGUAAUAAAAAGAUUAAGAGAUAUUUCAUGAUUGGUUUAGCUGGUUUAGGUGGUGGAGCAAUCAUAGGAUUAACUGGUGGUUUGGCUGCACCUUUUGUUGCCGCUGGAGCUGGAGCUAUCAUCGGAGGAGCAGGAGCUGCCGCACUUGGGUCAACAGCGGGUAUUGCAGUAAUUGGAUCUCUUUUCGGAGUAGCGGGUGCAGGAUUGACUGGUUACAAAAUGAAGAAACGAGUUGGAGAUAUUGAAGAGUUUGCCUUCGACACUUUAACCUCUGGUCGUGAGUUGCACAUAACAAUAGCGGUAUCAGGUUGGAUCUCGGAAGAAGGGCCAAAAGCUUUCCAAGAACCUUGGAAAUCGUUACAAAAUACUCGUGAACAAUAUUGUAUAAGAUAUGAAUCGGCAUUUUUAUUGGAGCUUGGACGUGCUCUUGAUUAUUUUCUGGGUUUUGCUGUGAGUGUUGCUGCUCAGGAAGCUCUCAAAUACACCAUUCUUUCUGGAAUCAUGGCAGCCAUUGCUUGGCCCACAUCAUUAGUUACUUUAGCUUCAGUUAUUGAUAAUCCUUGGGGUGUCUGCAUUAGACGUUCAGCCGAAGUGGGUAAACAUCUUGCUGAUAUACUUAUCUCUCGACAACAAGGACGUCGACCUGUCACCCUAAUCGGCUUCAGUUUAGGAGCUCGUGUAAUAUUUUAUUGUCUUCAAGAGUUGGCCACUCGCAAAGGCUCUGAGGGUAUAAUUGAGGACGUGAUUCUACUUGGUGCACCAGUUGCUGGAAAUGCUCAGCAAUGGAAACAGUUUUCUCGAGUUGUCUCUGGUCGUGUGGUCAAUGGUUAUUGUCGUGGUGAUUGGCUUUUAAAAUUUCUUUAUCGCACUUCAACUGCAACUCUGAAAAUAGCUGGCUUAGGACCAGUUGAUUGGAACAAUCGACGAAUGUGUAAUAUUGAUUUGAGUGAAAUUGUCUCUGGUCAUAUGGAUUAUUAUAGGAAAUUGUCUUCUGUAUUAAAAGCCGUUGGUGUCCGAACAAGAGAUCGGAAUAAGAGAAAAUCGGAAGCUCUUUACAUGAAAAAAUGUCUUUCCGAUCUUCCAAAUAUCACCAUCAACAAUGGUUCAGUUCCUUACACAGAUGAAUCGAUCGAUCCUAUUGAUUUGAUUAAAUUUUUCCCCGAGAUUCGUUUAUCCAUCUCAGAGCCUAAUCUUCAAUCAAUUGGAAGGAAAUUUAAAGUUGCAGCAAAUGAUGAUUAUACAAGUGAUUACGAGUUGAAUGUUUUUAGCAAAAAAUCACUCCGACGACGCUCUAAUUCAAUGGAAAGUGUUUUUACUCAUUCAUACAGUCGUUCUUCUGGAAUCGCCCUAACCCCAUCAUCAGCUGCUGAUUAUGAUUUCACAAAAAUGUCUGGGUCUCGUUCAUUUAAUCGCACAUUUGACUCAUUAGCAGAACAAGAGACUGAAAAUAGUAUUUCAUCAAACCUAUCGAAUGAAGAACUAUCUUGAUUUGUAACCAUUUUGCCAAAAUAUCGCAGCCUGUUUUAAAAUGGAUCUAAUGAUGAAUUGUUCAAAAAAGCAAGAACUAAUCUUCAAGUUGGAAGAUCUGAAAUCUUUGAUCAGAUUAAAAGGUGGAGAGGCAAACUUGUAGCAACUAAAUCAAUUCAUCACAAACAAUGCAAAAAUUGCCUGAGCAUACAUCAUCGCUAGUCUUGGAAUAAGCAAAGAUUCGUUCUCUUGAUCUACUCUUUAUGAAGAAACGAAUUCAAGAAAAUCUCAUUGAAUUAACUGACGUUUUCAAGCUCUUCAUGUUAAGUAUUAUCACUAAACCUCAUAAAAGUAUCACGAAUUUCGUCAGAUAUCAAACUCUGAACAAUUAAAUUUAUCAAGGCUCAUGUUUGAUUUACACACAAGAUUAAGUUUAUGGUCAUUUACGGAUUGAUUAAUCUGGUCGUAUCGAUAAGCACAAUAGUGAAGAUUCUGUCGCACAAAUUUAAGUGAUCUUAUUUUCCUGGGACCAGGAUUUUGAUUAAUUAGAAAGUUUCGAGUUAGCUUUCAAUCUUAUGGCGUCGGCGAAGCUCCAUGGAAGAUUUGGAAGCUUGAAAUAUUUUUGAACAUUCAUUUGGACCACAUUUAAAUGUAUAUUUUAUUAUAAUUAAUGAACUUGAAAUAGUUUUGUAAGAUAAAGAUAAAUCUCUGUAUAAAUGUGUAAUGCAGCUUUAAUAAGUGAAACUAAUAUUUGCAAAUAUUUCACCUUAUUAAAACAACUAUGGAAAUUAA